CUGUGAAAUUGAUAAUUACUAACGUAUUGACAGCCAAGCAAAUUGGUUCUUUUAUUAAAAUAUUUUUUAUUGCUCAAAAUUGAAAAUAUGGAGAAAAAAUAUCGUUUCGUAAUUAUGUUAUGUGUACUAGUAGCUUCAUGGUUUAACGAAGCUGACGCAAUAUCGUGUUAUGAAUGCUCCAGCCUCCAAAACAAUGAAUGCCAUAAAGAUGUAUCAAAUAAUAUAGUCCCAUGCGAUGAUGGUGUAAAGCAAUGUUUUAUGGAAGAAAUAUCCACUGAAAAUGGACGAUAUAUUUCUAGAGGAUGUUUGGAAGAUGACAUCAAAAAUUAUUGUUAUACUAUUAAACGAUUUGCACUUUUGCGCUCCCCUAUACAUAAAGUUAUUAAAUGUUAUACUUGUGAAAGCGAUCUUUGCAAUACGAUUUAAAACGAUUAUCAUAGAAAUGUUAUAUGAUGUGUUAAUACCAUCUUAUUCUUAUAUAUUUUUUAUUAAAAUUGUUUGAGAGUCACUGUA